UUGAGGCUAUGUCCUUCUUAAUUGGGUCAAGGUCUUUGUAAACUUUUUGCAUGGUUUUACACGUCUUACGCAGAAAUUUACUCCGAAUUCCUCUUUUGGUUAACAGAAAUUAUUGCAGCGUUGCCAAAAUGCCGUCUGCACUUCUGCUGGUCGCUGAAGGGAGUGAAGAGAUGGAGGCAGUCAUUUCUAUAGACGUGAUGAGACGCGGAGGGAUUGAUGUGACAGUGGCAGGUGUCACAGGGACAGACCCAGUGAAGUGUAGUCGUGGGGUUGUUGUUGUCCCCGAUAAAAGCUUGGACGAGGCCACAAAAGAUACUUACGACAUGGUGGUAUUGCCUGGGGGCCUGGGAGGUGCCAACACAUUUUCACAGUCAAACAAAGUGAAAGAAGUGUUACAGGCCCAGGAGGCUUCAGGAAAAUGGAUUGCAGCCAUUUGUGCAGCUCCCAUAGCCCUUGUUAGUCAUGGUAUUUGCAAAGGUAAAACUAUGACAUCUCAUCCCUCAGUCAAAGACAAGAUGCUGCCCGGUUGCACUUAUUCCGAGGAGCGAGUGGUCAAGGAUGGGAAGCUGCUGACCAGCAGAGGGCCAGGGACUGCCUUUGAGUUUGCACUGGACAUUGUCCAGGAACUGAUGGGAAAAGAGAAGAGGGACGUCAUUGUCCCGCCAAUGCUGGUCAAGGCCUGAUUGGUCAGUCUGUUACAGGCCUGGACACAACUGUGAUCAAGAUUGAUAUAUUGACCCCGAGUCAGAUGGGACAAUUACAACUUAUUUAUUAGUUUCUUCAAGCAGCAUCUAAAAUUGAAGUUGUUUGCACAUCAAUAUUUUAGUGUCUCACAAGACACCUUCCUAGGGGAAGGAUGGUGGUGGUUUACACAGGCCCCUUGGCAAGGUGGAUUCAAAAGAACUGCCCGACAAAAGUUUGUUUUGAGUCACCAUUUUUAUGGGUUCUAUACCAUUUGUCGAGUUGGGUCAACUUAAUUUGUAAAAGGUUCUUCUUUGCAGCAGAACCCCCUUCCCACUUCCUUUUUAAUGUCUGGCUACAGGUCUAUAAUAAUUUUAUUGUGCCUUCUACCCGAGGAGUGCAUUUGAGUUUAGGCAUUACUUGAAACUUUUUAAAUGUUUGAAUACACAGAAAUUGAGGACUUUGAACUCAAAUUUACAUAGACUUGAUAAUAAGGACCCAAGACUUUAAGGGUUUGGUAGCAAUAUCUGGUUCAUGUUGGUUAACAAAAAUGGUGUACUGAUGCAUUCUGUAUGCUUCUGAAAUAUAGGAUAUUAAAUAUAUAUCAUCAUUUUAUAAAAAUGUAGAAUUAAACACAUGAAAUGUGUAAUUAUUCUGUGUGUAGAAGUUGGCACCUAACAGUAUGUGGCAGGUUUUAAGGAAGGCAACUUUGGAUAACAAGUUUUAAUUUUUUUUAAUAGAGGGAAGUAUAAACUGGGGCUGAGCUGAACUUUUUUCAGUUACCGUGAUAGUAACAAUCUGAUAUCAAGUUCGAAAUUAAGUUAGUAGAAACUGUAACCUCUAUAAAUUGAAAAAGUUAUAAUGACAUUUGUCAACAUAGUAGACAAUGGUUAAAAUCCAUAGAAAAAAUUAAUCUUUAUCAAAAUUACAUUCAUUUGCUGCAUGAUCCUGACUAGCAUGGCAGGAAUGGUGCUCGGUUUUCAAAGAGAGUGAAUUAAAUAAUGCCAAAUACUUUG